AUGUCGUCUUCCACGUUCAAACCCCCUCUCACAGUCACCCACAUCACCACAGCCGCAGCUAUACUCAACAUCAGCGGCAUCGACUUCCUCACAGACCCCGUCUUCUCGCCUGCCGGCACAGAAUGGAAGAGACGCGUGGGCAUACUCAAAAACACUGAAGACCCUGUCGUGCAACUUCAGAAUCUCCCUGUCAUCGACGCCAUUCUCCUUAGCCACGAGGACCAUCCUGACAACCUUGACGAACUGCGCCGGCGACUUCUCGACGGCCGAACAGUUUUGACCACAGCCGAUGGUGUUCGAAAUCUCGCACCUCGGCCUGGUGUUCAGGCCCUGCAGCCGUGGGAGUCAGUUGUGCUCACAAUUGGCGGGAGGGAGUUCCAAGUAACCGGAACGCCGUGCCAGCAUCUCCCAGGCGGAGAGGUGACGGGCUUCUUCCUCAGUGCUGUGGAGUUUGGUAGUAAAAAUGGCUUGCCGAAUGCCAUCUACAUCUCCGGCGACACCAUCUACCUAGAAGAGUUGGCGCAGAUGCGAGAGAAAUUUUACAUCUCCGCCGCGAUCUUGAAUGUUGGGGCAACCAAGAUCGCUGUUACGGACCCUCCCCUGCAGAUCACCAUGGACGGGAAGCAAGCUUCCCGCUUGUUCCACGAGCCCAUCCAACGAAUGCAGUGA